AUAAAAACUCAUGAUGUAAACACUUUUGUGUUAUAAGCUUUAAUAUUAUAAGUAUUUGUAUAUGUUGUUUAUCCAGCUGCUAAAAUUAUAAAAGUCGUGCUAAACAGUCUUCCGGAUUAGCAUUUUCCAAAUUACUAUAAUUGAGCCAAAAAAUACAAAAUUUACUGUAUUGUAUAAUUUGUAUGAAUGAAUAAACUAAAUAAAAUCGUCGGUAGAAACUUAAUUUUGAUAAUUUGAUCCUCUGUUUUCCUCUGCCCCAGUCAUCCUUUUCCUCCAACAAUUCAAUGUCGAACAAAUAAUAAACCCCAACCACCAUUCACCGCCACCAACCACCAUGAGAGUCACAACUCCUCCGGCAGGUGCCACACCUCACGCCGACGACCACCGCAUUUCCACUACAGGCUACCGCGAUGCCGAAUCUCUCUUCCGUUCCAAACCCAUUGCCGAGAUCCGUAACACCGAAUCCGCAACUCGUAAACAGAUCGACGACAAAAAAGAAGAACUCCGUCAACUCGUCGGUAACCGUUACCGUGAUCUCAUCGACUCCGCUGACUCCAUCGUUAACAUGAAAGCUUCAUGCAACGCAAUUUCCGCUAACAUAACCGCUGUUCACGAUCGCAUUCGUUCUCUUUCGCAAUCUCAAUCUCAAUCCCAAACCAAACUCCAUUCCCAAUCCCGAGCCUGGACUUACGGUAUUGCUUGCCGUGUUAAGUAUCUUGUUGAUACGCCGGAGAAUAUUUGGGGGUGUCUUGAUGAAGGAAUGUUUCUUGAAGCUGCUUCACGUUAUGUUCGUGCUAAGCACGUGCAUCAACGUUUGUUUCUAGAUUCUGAUGAGCAGAAGAUUAAGAUCUUGUCUAAUUUUCCUCUUCUUCAGCAUCAGUGGCAAAUUGUUGAGAGUUUUAGAGCUCAGAUCUCGCAACGUAGCCGUGACCGUUUGCUUGAUCGUGGUCUUCGUAUUGAUGCAUAUGCUGAUGCACUUGCUGCUGUAGCUGUUAUCGAUGAGUUUCAGCCGGAGAAGGUGUUGGACUUGUUUCUGGAAUCAAGGAAGUCAUGGAUAUCGCAAGUUUUGGGUAAUGCUGGUGCUGGAGAUGAUUCCUCUUUGGUGGUUUCUGUACUUUGUGAUGUGUUGGGAAUAAUUCAGGUCAGUGUGGGUCAGGUGGGGGAGUCGUUUUUGCAAGUGUUGAAUGAUAUGCCCCUUUUCUACAAAGUCAUUUUGGGAUCUCCUCCAGCUUCACAAUUGUUUGGUGGGAUUCCCAAUCCUGAAGAGGAAGUUAAGCUUUGGAAGUCGUUUAGAGAUAAUUUGGAAUCGGUUAUGGUAAUGCUUGACAAGCGUUACAUUGCUGAUACUUGUUUUGCUUGGUUGAAGGAAUGUGUAAAUAAGAUAAGUGGAAGAAAUUUGAUUGAUGCCAUUGGCAGUGGCCAGGAGCUUGCUUCUGCUGAGAAAUCAAUAAGGGAGACAAUGGAAAGUAAACAAGUUCUACAGGGGAGUCUAGAAUGGCUGAAGAGUGUUUUCGGAUCCGAGAUUGAGUUGCCUUGGAGUAGGAUUCGGGAACUCGUUUUGGAAGAUGAUUCUGAUCUUUGGGAUGAGAUAUUUGAGGGGGCUUUUCUUGGUAGGAUGAAAGCAAUCAUUGACUUGAGAUUUAGGGACCUAACAGGCACUGUUGAUGUCGUGAACACAAUUUCUGCAGUAGUUGACUCUUUCACCACACAGAAUGAUGUUCAGAGGUACUUGAUCAGACCUUAUGCAGCAGGUGGUGUCUGGUUUCUAGAAUCCAAUGCCAAAAAAACUGGAGUUUCUUCUGGGUUCAAAGUCCACCCUGAAGAGAGCGAAUUCCAGUCUUGUCUUAAUGCCUAUUUUGGUCCUGAAGUAAGUCGAAUCAGGGAUGCAGUGGACGUUUCUUGUCAGAGCAUCCUUGAGGAUCUAUUAAGUUUCUUAGAAUCUCCAAAGGCCUCUCAAAGAUUAAAGGAUCUUGCACCAUAUCUGCAAAGUAAAUGUUAUGAAAACGUGUCUACUAUUUUGAUGGCAUUGCAAACAGAACUUGAUAGUUUAUAUGGCUCAAUGGAAAAUGGUAACAAGGAGGUACCAACAACUGUUACUGUUGAAAAAUCCCUUUUCAUUGGGAGGUUAUUGUUUGCAUUCCAAAACCAUUCUAAACAUAUACCGUUGAUACUUGGUUCACCCAGAUUCUGGGCCAGUGGGAAUGCAUCUACAGUUGGGAAAUUACCAUCUCUGGUGAAACAUUCUCGUUUUGGAUCUGAUUCUUCUGUCUGUGAUAGUCCAGGAAGACAAACAAACCUUGGCUCUAAAAGGCAAAAUUCUUCUGUUACCGCUGCCUUGUUUGGAGCAAGAGAAGGUGCGAGCCAUGAAUUGGAAGAACUAAAUAAGACUAUAGGGGAUCUUUGCAUUAGAGCCUACAACUUAUGGAUACUAUGGAUGUCAGAUGAGCUUGCUGCUAUUGUCUCUCAGGAUCUUAAACAAGAUGAUGCCUUAACUUUGAGCACGCCUGGGAGGGGAUGGGAGGAUAUCGCAGUCAAGCAAGAUCAGUCUGAUGAGAACCAAUCAGAGAUGAAAAUAUCUCUUCCAUCUAUGCCUUCACUAUAUAUAAUCUCAUUUCUAUUUAGAGCCUGUGAAGAAGUUCAUCGAGUUGGAGGUCAUGUACUUGACAAGAAGAUUUUGCAUAAACUUGCAUCAAGAUUAUUGGAAAAGGUAGUUGGAAUUUUUGAGGCCUUCCUUUCCACUGAAGUGGGUGGUUCUCCUCAAGUGACAGAAAAAGGAGUUUUGCAGCUCUUGUUAGAUGUCAAAUUUGUCAUUGAUGUUCUCUCUGGUGGUGAUUCAAAUUCGGUUGGGGAAUUAUCUAGUAACCCAAAGGCAAAGCCAUCUCUCAGAAGAAAGCAGGGCCAAAGUUUGACAAUCUCAGCCAUUAGAGAACGCUCUAAUCAGUUGUUAAACCGGCUUUCUCAGAAACUGGAUCCUAUAGACUGGCUUACGUAUGAACCAUAUCUCUGGGAGAAUGAGAGGCAGUCAUAUCUACGGCAUGCUGUUCUUUUUGGUUUCUUUGUGCAACUUAAUCGAAUGUAUACAGAUACUGUUCAGAAACUGCCUACUAAUUCAGAAUCUAAUACCUUGAGGUGUUCUACAGUUCCCCGGUUUAAAUACCUCCCCAUCAGUGCUCCAGCAUUGUCCUCUAGGGGGCCAAAGAAGACAUUCACCCCAUCUUCAAAUGAAAUCUCUGCAAGAAGUUCAUGGAAUUCAAUUACAAAUGGAGAACUUUCUCCAAAGAUAAAUUUGGAUGACAGCUCAAGUCUUGGGGUGGCAGCACCAUUUUUGAAGUCUUUCAUGCAAGUUGGAAGCAGGUUUGGGGAGAGUACUUUUAAACUGGGAUCAAUGCUAACUGAUGGGCAAGUUGGUAUUUUUAAGGAUAGAUCUGCAUCAGCGAUGUCCACAUUUGGAGAUAUUCUACCUGCUCAGGCCGCUGGUCUUCUUUCAUCAUUUACAGCUCCCAGAUCAGAUUCAUGAUGACCCAUUGAUUGAAAGGCACCCCUAGUUGCCGUUUUGCAAAGUCUUCUUAUCAGAAAGUGUGACGUCUAAUAUCAAAUUUUCAACACUCUGUCCCUCCUCGUACACGACACUACUGUAAUUAGAGAAACAUUAGAAUCAUAUUUGAAGCUCCGAAUAUUCAAAAUAUGCAAAGCAAAUGGAUACAUAUAAACCGGUGAUGAGGAUUCUUAAUGUUGACUGCCGUGGUUAACGCCAUUUGGCUUGAAAAUGGUUGUGAAAUAAAUGCCCAAGCUAUAAGCAUGAGGAAAUUUGAGUACAGAUUGAAGAGCAAAAGUAGUGUUUAUGGUAAGCUAUAUAUUCCCUUGUCAUUUGGUUCAAGGAAGCUGAAAUUUGGGGUCAUGCUAAAUUUCAGAGUUGAGAGCAGAUAUAAUUUGGUGGAUAUUGUUCAGUUAUUCUUCUAAGUUUUGGUCCCUCUGUCUAUAGUUGAUAAAAUUAUUCUGUGUUAGAUUUUAUAUUUCUUUUAACAAAGGUUCUCAUUACAAUGUAACUUUGUAUUGUAAGCUUAUAUUCAUUCAAUGGACUGAGAUCAUAUAGAUUAUUUUUUUA